GUGGCCGCGGCUCCCAAGGCUCAGAGCUGCGCACCGGGAGCGGAGCUGAGGUGCAGCGCCACCCUGAGCGCCGAGCACCAUGUUCGACCCAGAGCGCUGCUCGAGUCUGUCGUUCGCCGGCUGCGGCUUCCUGGGCUUCUACCACAUCGGGGCCACGCUGUGUCUGAGCGAGCGCGCCCCGCACCUCCUCAGCGAGGCGCGCACGUUCUUCGGCUGCUCGGCCGGUGCACUGCACGCGGUCACCUUCGUAUGCAGACUCCCUCUCGAUGAGAUCAUGGAGAUCCUCAUGGACCUUGUGCGGAAAGCCAGGAGACGCAACAUUGGCUCCCUCCAUCCAUUCUUCAACAUUAACAAGUAUGUCCGAGAUGGACUCCAGGAGAACCUCCCAGACAAUGUCCACCAGAUCAUUUCUGGCAAGGUUUACAUCUCCCUCACCAGGGUGUCAGAUGGGAAGAAUGUGCUGGUGUCUGAUUUCCAUUCCAAAGAUGAAGUGGUGGAUAGUUUCUGUAGAGAGGACAUUGGAGCUGAGACCCGGGGAAACCGAGUCAGAUGGGCCCUCUCAGGGGCUCUCCAAGCCUUGGAUGUCCGUGGUCCUCUGGGGAGAUGGCAGUCAUGGUCCCUGUGGUUCACCUGCCUGAUUUGCUCACAGGUGAUGGGAGAGCUGUGCUUUCAAGGGUACCUGGACGCCUUCCGGUUCCUGACAGAGAAUGGCAUCUGUAAUGGGCCACAGCCCAGCCUGAGUCUGUCCUCAGAGGAGAUGGAGUCAGAAGCCAUGCCUCUCUGCCUGGAAAACAGCAGCCUCGUCGGGGACAAGCUACCGGCCAGCCUGUACCUUACAGCUGUACCCUGGGAUGAGAGCAUCCAGGAGACCUUGUCCCCCAGGCUCAGCACAGCUCUGAGUGAAGUGAUUAAGGACAGAGAUGGCUACCUGAGCAAAGCCUGCAACCUCCUGCCCAUCAGAAUUUUGUCUUACAUCAUGCUGCCCUGUACCCUGCCUGUGGAGUUGGCCAUUGCUACAGUCCACAGGCUAGUGAUGUGGUUCCCUGACAUCCCUGAUGAUAUCCGGUGGCUACAGUGGGCGACAUCCCAGGUGUGUGCCCGAAUGACGAUGUGUCUGCUCCCCUCGACCAGAUACCAAGCACCCAAGAGUGACCAUGGAAUACCCAAGCAUGGACACCACUCAUUGCUACAGAAACCCGGGUGCAGCUCUGCCGGUUUGUAAAUUGCUGGUCUUUCUGCUUCCUAUGAACUUGGACAUUCCCCCCUGUGGAUGGUCCAGGAGGGGCCAAAGCUGAGGCCACCUUGCCUUCCACCCCAAAGCCCAGCUUGACCUUCAGCUGGAGCAACAGUGUCUGGAUGGUGGGAGGGUGGGUGGGGGUGUUAUACUCUCUGUUUUACAGUAGGAAAGGUUCUGUUACUUGUGGAGGUAUGUAGGAAAUUACUCUCCAGGAGCUGAGCCCCUGGGUGCUGUGUGGUGACCUCAUGCCUCUGACCCCAGGAUGACAGGAUGUGGGCUAAAUUGGUAGUUUAUAGAAAUCAAAGGCAAUAAUUUGGUCUCCAGAAAGCCACUUUGGUCUGGGUGAAGUCUGGUGCUUGAGAGCUCACCCAGAGAGGAGGCUCCACUGUCUCUCAGCCUGUGAAUGAUCUGGGAUGCCAAGGGCAGCAGUGUUUGGAAACAGGAAUCCUUACUGGGCGACCUCAUAAGGAAAAUUGUUGCAGAAGUGUAAUGGGAUGGGAUGUGGCUGUCCCUGAGAAGUAAUACAAGAUAACUUAUUACAUUCAAGGGCACCAUUGGCUCUUACUAAAAUAGUUUAUAAAGAAUUUUAUAUAGGGCUGGAGAGAUGGCUCAGAGAUUAAGAGCACUGGCUGCUCUUC